GGUGCCAGCCAAACCAUCACAAGAUUCUUCAUGCAAAUGAAAGGGGUCCUUCCGAUGGCAAGUGGCGUUAUAAUUAUAGACUAGAAAAGAGCAAGAUCAGCAGCUGCUGCUGCUGCUGCUGCUUGUGUUUGUUCCCUCUGUAACUGACAGGGCAGAGUACUUGGCAAAAACAGACUUCCAGAAGUGGAAAGACAUUUUAACCCCUGUUCUUGUCAGUCCACUCCUCCUGGGUCUCGGCAGCAGCAACCCCUUGCUUCAGGUUAAGGGAAGAGCAAGGUGACUAUUGCAGACCCGAAGGGGACUUUGUUUGGGACGUCUGAGAAAGAGAAAGGGUCCGGGAUUUGUCUCCAGGCUUGGAUUGCCGAAUCAACAUAGCAGGCACAACCUGCCAGGACGAUGACAGUCACUUAUUCCAGCAAAGUAGCAAAUGCCACUUUCUUUGGAUUUCACAGAUUACUCCUAAAGUGGAAAGGCAGCAUCUACAAAUUGCUGUACAGAGAAUUUAUUGUUUUUGCUACUCUUUACACAGCGAUAAGUGUAUUAUACAGAUUUUUUCUUACAGGUAGCCAAAAACGGUUCUUUGAAAAAUUAUCAAUUUACUGUGACAAAUAUGCUGAACAAAUCCCGGUAACUUUUGUGCUUGGUUUCUAUGUUACUUUGGUGGUGAAUCGCUGGUGGAACCAGUUUGUGAACUUGCCAUGGCCAGAUCGACUGAUGUUCCUCAUCUCCAGCUGUGUCCAGGGCAGAGAUGAAUAUGGGCGCUUGUUGAGGAGGACUCUCAUGCGUUAUGUGAAUUUAACAUCUCUGCUGAUCUUUCGCUCUGUGAGCACAGCCGUGUACAAAAGGUUUCCCACCAUGGACCACGUAGUAGGAGCAGGUUUUAUGACAAGAUAUGAAAGAAAAAUUUUUGAUGACCUUAAGUCUCCCCACCUUAAAUACUGGGUUCCAUUUGUCUGGUUUGGAAAUUUGGCAUCGAAAGCACGAAAAGAGGGAAGAAUUCGAGACAGUGUAGAUCUUCAGACACUGAUGAACGAGAUGAACAAGUACCGAUCUUGGUGUAGUCUUUUGUUUGGUUAUGACUGGGUUGGAAUUCCACUGGUCUAUACCCAGGUUGUUACGCUCGCAGUCUAUACUUUUUUCUUUGCCUGCCUGAUAGGGCGCCAAUUUUUGGAUACUGACCAAGGGUAUCAGGGACAUGACUUAGAUCUUUACAUUCCAAUCUUCACGCUGUUACAGUUCUUCUUCUACGCAGGAUGGCUAAAGGUUGCUGAACAACUUAUUAAUCCAUUUGGAGAAGAUGAUGAUGACUUUGAAACUAACUGGUGCAUCGAUAGAAAUUUACAGGUUGCUGUUGUUAUUGCUUCUUGCAGCUUUACGGUCUCACUUCUGGCGGUGGAUGAGAUGCACAUGAACUUACCAAGGAUGGAGAAAGAUAUUUACUGGAAUGAUUCCUCUGCCCGGCCACCCUACACAAAAGCAGCUGCUGAUUACUGUAUUCCUUCAUUCCUUGGAUCAACUAUUGAAAUGGGGUUGGCGGAUACUGAAUUCCUCUAUGGGGAAGAGUGGCCCUGGGAAGAGGAGAAACACCGAAGACAACGAUCAGUGCUGAGAAGAGUCAAGAGAUUCCUCAGUGUCCAUGAGGGCCCUUCGUCACCAUCUCACCGGCGCUACAAUCGGCAGACAAGCGAGAAUUCAGUGUUUUUCCCAGCAGAUGAAAAGGGCCACAUCAGACGGUUGCAAGAAAUGCACACAAGAGGGAGACACUCUACCUCGAGCUUCAAGAAGAAACACGAAGGAGUUGACAGAAGUAACAGACUUCAUAGUAGCAGAGAUCUUGGACCCAUAACAGAAACCUCAAGGAACGAGACACAGUGCAGUGACAGUGACAUAUCAUCUGAGACAAUUAAGCCAGUUCCUGAGGUCGUCAUCUCUGAAGCCAAGGAGAAAGCACCUGAUGUGCUGGGCAGACCAGAUUUGCAAACAGAGAGCUUGGCAAGCAUGCCAGAAGAGAAGCUCCAGAGGAGCCUCACUGAGGCAAAUGUGUCUCUUCUGGACCACCCUUUUUUCCCCCCAGAAGUUACUACCUACCUCUCAAGCUCUGACGUGCAUCAGUCGCUUCCUACUGUGAUAGGGGAGCCCAAACAUGAACCCCCCGGUAGUAACAUAGCCGGUUUCAUAACAGAUCCGGAGAGAAACCUUCAGCGAUGGAGUUUACCAAGCUUCCAUAGUCCUAGUACGACGCCAAAUGCCGAUGCUGAUCUGCCUUCAACAGAUUCUGGGACAACUUCACAACAAAGGACUGUCAGUGAUGGAAAAAAUGUUACGUCUGCUGCUGCUCCAGAGUCAUUUGAGAUGCAGCAUUUAUGGGAAAACCUGGAUACUAAAGAAACAGCCAUAGUAGAAUUUUCUAAUGAGAAAAGUGAAAGGAAACUUUGACCAUGAUUCCUGUGGAUCUGACUGAACUUCCUAUCUUCUCUUGAAAGUGGUUUUCACACAGCUUUGCCGAAAGUGCAGAAAGGCAGACACGAUGCUCAGACAAGUCCUGAGCAAGAUCCAGCAGAGGAUUUGGGCACCUAAGUAGGAGGCAUUGUGGUGACAUGCUUUGAGUCACUUGGUCACUGGCUUGAAAUCUGUGGCCCUGUGGGGAAAACAUUUAUGGGGAGAGAUGGAAGCCUCAGGAGUGGAUGCAAACCAACCAGUGCACACAGCAAGGAGCUGUGUGGGCUCACCUAGAGGAAACACUAAGGCCAUCAGAAGAGCAGAGGUGGCUCUGCCCACUUUGGAUCCACCCUGAACGUCACCACCUUUGGCUGCUCCUUCAGAUUAAGGCCCAUGACAGCCUUGUAAGACCUACCAACAGUUUUGUUUUUUGCUCAAGUGGUUGGAAGGGGAUGUGUGGGCCUGUAGAGAUUCAGCCCAACAUCUCUCACUCUCUGGAGGAAUACUCGAAAAAUCAAGCUCCUCAUUUGUAUGAGGUGACAGCCUGCCCCACUUCUGCUGAAGCUGUGACACUACCAAGUGGAAAAAUAAAAGGAUUCAAUGUUUAACUUCAUUAAGAAAAAUAGAAGAGACAAAACUGCAAAUGAGUUGGGCAUGUGAGGCCUAAGCCUCGGUCUCUGCUCCUUGGAGCAUCUAUGUGGUGUACCAAAUGGCUGCUCACUGUAAAACGCCAUUCCCAGGUGGCCUCCUUAGUGAGGACAGGGCUGUGGCACUCUCUCAAGAGGUGAUAGAGCUGCAGAGACAACUAAGCUUAGAGCUCCACUCUUGAAGGGAUCUUCAGAUGGCAGGUUGCAUUUAUCCUAGGGAGACAACCAAAUGGCCCAGGACUGCUAGUAAAAAUUGCUCUCUGCUUCCUUCCUGUGAACCCCAUUCCCAUGCUGGUCAGAUGUACCACACAUGUUGUCAAUUAACCCAAACCCAAGCCAGCAAUCGGUGGCUCCUGCUGCUCCAAUGGUGGCCAAGCCACCUCCCAGGUAGCAGCCUGGCCUUUCCGUCGUUGCUCCUGCAAGAAGUCUCAAAGUGGGCCCCAAAAGCAGCAGUGACUCACCCAUAUAAACACGAACGCAGUCUAGAGUGUGAUGCCGGCGUUCCCUGAUUGGGAGUAUACAAGUAUAUGGGCACCUUAGAUAAGGGAGGGACCAGGUAGAUCAGGGGUCAGGGAGAACAGAUACAGGGAGAAAGGAGACACAGAAAAUGACAGCAGCCAGCAAGCCAUGCGGACUGUCUGGACAGCAAGUCCACACCGCUUUCUUGCCCAGAAGACUGAACUUCAAACAGCAAACCAGUGUCUCUGUCACGGUAACUUGUAGUACCAAUGGCUGGUGGGAGUCUUUGGGACCUCAAGAAGCCAGGAAGGGAAUGAAUGGAUCCGCCUGCUCUGUCUCCUUUUGCCAGCAGCUUACGUGAGGAGCCCUUGCAGUAGGCUAUCACGUACAGCAGGACUCUGCUGUCUCAUCUGCCCUCCCCACUUCAAUUUCUUCCAGCUUUGUUUCAGUCUGGGAACCAACUCCUCUUGGUGUGCAAUAGCCAUGGACUGAACAGUGCCACCCUUUCAAACCCUUCAAAGACACUAGACAAAAGCACAGGUAUCUCCAUCACGAAGCAGAGGACACCUAGCGCAAGGAAGAGCUGCUCAAACUCAUACUAUGGGAGCUUCAGGUAUGCAGAAAAGCCGAGCAGAAGUUUCACAGGCACCUAUGAAGUCGUUUCUUCGCACCAUGAGAUGAGGUGAUGCCAGUGUCUGACAGCAGCUGAGCAGUGAGGUUUGAUCACAGUUUUGGUGUAAGGCGUUCUGGUGCAGCUUCACCCUUGCCACUUUGCAACGAGUCCUCAGGCAAAUCAAGUUCCUAUUUCCAGUUUUGACUAACUAAAUUAGAACCUCAGCAAAGUGAAAUUAUAUUGAAAUAAACAGCACCUUAGCCUAGCAGUCCUGUUUUCUGGAUCGCCCUUACGAGGCAAUACCCGGCUUCUGGCAGCAUCCUCUAGCUUUUCAGUCAUCAGAGCUCCAAACUGCUGACUCUUCCUGGGGAACAGGACUCUGUUGGCCUGUGACAAUGGUGGAAUCACAUAGUUUUCCUUUCCCAACAUCAGGAGAGAAAAAAAUACUUUCCUCCAGCAUUCUCUCUUUCUUCCCUAUUAUUUCUUCUUUUAGCUGAAACCACACUUCUCAAUUCAAUAUUUUCUCCAGUUACCAACAAGCUUGACUUUAACAAAUGGCUAAUUUUAAGGAUAAACAAUAUAUUUGAAGGAUACUCUGGCCACUCCAAUCACACAGCUAGACACAAAGGUGAAGUAACUGCUGCUCUCCUUGCGAGCUUGAAACACUCUUCUAUAGCACUUUGUAAAAGUCAGGAGGGCAGGGUUCAGGAGAGUUUGGCCAUAUUCCUCUCAGCUGCACAUGUGUAAUAAGGGUUUCCAGCAGCUCUGGAGGAAGUCUGGCCUAUUAUCUAGCUCUCUCCUCACAACAUAUGAACUUCAGGAACUGUGCUUCUCUACGUAAGGGAAUUUAAGCCAGAAGUUACAUAUGACUGUAAAGUGCCCGCUACAGAUCUGCACUGAGGGUCCAAUUCACCACACCUUCUCACUUUCCUCCUUCAUGCAGCUUCCACUAGGGAUUAAGGUGUUGGACCAAAGUGCUCAUCUCCUCCAACCCAGACAUAAGCAUGAUUCAUCCGGGCACUGUAAGCCUGAAGAAGCCUUCUCAGUUUCUCAUCAUCCAGCUCUGCUCAUCUUCCAUCAUCUGCUUCGCAGCCUGGCCACCACCCAGGACUCACACUGCUGCUUUCCACCAGGACAUCAUGCAUCUCAUGAGCUGUGAUUUUGCUACCUGUCCCACUGACUGUGCCAGCACACCCUGGCCCAGCAACCAUGUUCAUUCUUUGAUGGAGAUUAAGGGUGGCCACACAGUAGCCAUUAGGUAGAUAAAAGCUUCAUGGAGGUGUCUAUUAGACAUGUAGAUACAUGUUAAAUUAGGAAUGACAGCUCUGAAGUCCCACAGUGUAAUCUGCGAUACACAAAUAGCAUUUCACACAUAGUGGGCAGCUCUGGGUCAGCUAUAAUAUUCUGUUUGUUGCUUGUAAAGAAGCCAGUGCUGGGAUGAGUUAUCAGAAAAAUUUCCUCUCCUUAUUUAGUCUGUUCUCUCACUUUUGCAAACAUCUGUGGGCUCUGAUUUGUACUAAGUUAUCUUUUGGAAUUAUGUGCUCUCUUAGGCAAUUCUCUCAGUAAACUACUUGCCUCGGCAUGGUAAAUGGGCUAUUUUAGCAAACCCAACAAUUUACAAUUCAUGUUCACAGGUAUAAACAAUGUUGAAUUAUUGCACGAAUAAAGGCACUUUGAGAAACACA